GUUGCAUCAAGAGAUAAACGAUUUUUUUCAAGACAAUCCAGUAACACUAGUAAAUCAUCAUUUGUGUCAGGUACUUCGAUUACAUCAGUGAAUUCAACAAAUCAACGAAAAUUAACUACAGCUACCAUUAAUUUCCCUAUUCCAUUAUUACGUGUACUUGAAAGUAGUCAUCAAGAUAUUCGAAUGGAUUUUGACAAUGACACUGCCACUACUACUAACAAUCAUAAUAUUGAUAAUCAUCAGUCAUCCGGAAAACAUUCAAGGCAUGAAAAACAAAAUAGCCUUUUAGUACCUUUAAUUGAUCGUAAUGAAAAUGGUUUUCAAUAUUCAUCAUCUACUACAGCGACUGCGACUACUACUACUACUACUACUCAUUUAAAGACAAUCAGUAGUCAUAAUAAUCAUAAUGAAAAAAAUUAUGCAUUACAUGAACGUAGUAAUAGUAUUUCAUUGUUACCAGCAACAAGCCCAACCCCUACAUCGCCAACCUCAACAUCGCCUACAACAGGAACGAAUUUAAAAUUAUCCUCCACGAUGAUGAAUAAUAUACCAAAACGUCGUAAAAGUACCAAUGAUCUAUUCACCGCGCUGUUUCCAUCACGUAGUCAACAUGAUUUGGCAUUGAAUCGUACAAAUGAAGAUUCAAUUUUAUUACAAGUUCUCCGUAGACAACAUAAAAAAACACUGCGUAUAUUAAUCAUCCUAUUGUUGGUAUUCAUCGUAUGUCGUGCGCCUAGAUCAUUGAUUUUAAUUAUACAAUGGUUACAAGAGACAUGUUUACAAAAGAAACAAUCAUUACGACAGUUGGAUGUGUAUAUUUGGUGGUUACAGUAUACUAGUAUCUUUGCUUAUUCUAGUGCAAUUUUUGAUACGAUUGUUUAUGGAUUUUGGGGUAAUCGAAUUUAUCGAUUGUAUAUGAAAAAUUUAUUCUCAACACAUUGUGCCUUGCAAAAAUAUUGUUGUUUUGGUUGUGAUUGAAAGAAAAUACGAUCUCACUGUUGUAUAUGUGUGUAUAUAAAUAUGAAUUAUGAUGACAGAGACCACGGAUCAACUGAUGCAGUGUGUGUGUGUGUUUAUCUUGAGUAUAAUUCUGUAUGUCGAUGUUGGUAUAUUGGCCUUCACUGACAGACAUCCUGAUCAAUCAGUUGCCUCUCUUUUCCAGUUAUACCUUUCCCUGAAUUACAUAUACAUAUAUAUACAUAUAUCUUUGAAAAUAUUCACGAUUAUCAAUGACUUCAUUGGUAUUUUUUGAAGCGUUUUACCCAAAGUACCCGCAACAUUCUAUGUCAUUUAUACUUCUGAUACUACUAACAAUAAUAAUAUUAGUAGUAUUAACAGUAAUACUACAAGCCAGAAA